AUGACUUCGAUAUGUUUUCCCGGUGUUUUGAAUCCAUUUUGUCGACAGACAAUUUGUAUUUCUCCAUGUUCAGAUCACGUGGCUUUAGCAACUUCAUCAUCCUUAGUAUAUCUUUAUUCGUUUUCCAAUCAAGCUCUAUCAUUUCUAACGAAAUAUUCUCCGCAUUCCAAAUCUUUAUCAUGUAUGGUUUUUCAUCCGACUAUCUAUGGUCUAUUAGUAACCGGUGGUGCACCAAAUUCUCGAGUUAUUCUUUGGUCAAUUCAUGAAAAAACAAUCCAGAAACGAGCCGCAUUUAACCUACAAAGAAGACCAAAUGCCUUAGUCUGGUUAACAGAUGAAGAAUUAAUUAUCGGAGACGAACAUGGAAAUAUUUAUCGAUGGAAUGAAAAGAAUCAAAAGUCAAUUAAACUCCAAAAUCAAUCUGUAUCCGACAAAUCAAACGAUGAAGUUCAACUGUUUGCUCUCGCAAAUAAACAGAAGUUUAUUAUGGCAAUUGCAUUCAAAUCAGGUUACAUUUGCAUCUGCCACGUUGAUCUCGAACAAAAUCUUCUCAACCCGUUACACAAAUUACCACCAGACACAGCGAGUACGGCUUGUUGUUCAAUUCAAUUUUCUCAUGUUGAUUGUCCGUUGGAACGAAGUACACUUUUUUACAUCAGUUAUGGACACGGUUGUAUCAAAGUUUGCGAUUAUACAAAUGGCAAAAUGCUUGGUCAGUUAAUGCUGGUUAGACAGCCGAAAAAUACAAAUAUGAAUGAUUUGAGAACAAAAACGUAUUAUCCAUUAGCAUGGAUGGAUGCAGAUACUUUGCUAGCUGGAAAUCUUGAUGGUUAUUUGAUCAAAAUUGAUGUUCGUCAUUCAUCACAUUUAGAAAAAUCUCAAUUGAAUGUGAAUCCACCAGUAUCUGGUGGUAAGCCAGUGUUUUCCUUAGCAAUCAAGGAUGAAAAAACUUUAUUCACUUAUUCAUUCAACCGAAAAUUGUGUCUUUACGAUCUUUCAUCAUCGACAAUGAUCAGUUCUCUGGUAUCCAUUCCCGGUGCAAUAAAUGCCAUCCAAGCAUGUCCAUUACAAACAAGUUGUAUCGCAGUAGGUGUUGACACAGGAAAUAUCGGUGUAUUGGAUUUAUCUUUGCCGAGUUCACCAUCGCUCUCGUUUCUUUGGCAAGCAAUUCCUGCUGAUGUGUGCCAUUUAGCUUGGCAUAUCGUUCGUGAAGGACGAAUUGCUUAUUCAACACGUAUGGGUCAUGUGGCGUUGUAUGAUACCCUUACAGGACGUUCACGUGUGGUUUACGAUUGGAAAUAUGGUCAACCAGGAUCGCCGGCGAAGGUUCUAUGGGGUCCUCUAAUACCUAGUUUUACAGAGGAUCGAACAUUGGCUAUUCUUUAUUCAGUUGGAGAUGGAAAAAUUCAUCGAUGGGACAGUCCCGAGAAGAAUUGUUUACCGACGGAUUUAACAGCAUUAGUGAAUGAAUCGAGUGCCAGUUCAGUAUUGAACGCAGCGUUUAGUGAUGAUCAGAAAUAUUUAUGUGUCAUCUGUUCUGACAGUACUUUACUUAUCCGUUCAUGUCCAUCAUUAUCAGCAGUUCAUCGUCUUCCUAUUAACUGUUUACCAACUAUUCUUUACUAUCACCCUCGAUAUCUACUUUCAUCAGUAGAUGUAUCAUCGAAACAAUACUGGCUUGCUGUCAAUGACAAGCACAAUAUUCGAUUAAUCGAUACGCUAGAUUCAAACUCAUGUAUUCUCAAAGAUCUUCGAGGUCACACUGGCGACAUUGAAUGUUUAGCAUGGAGCCCAUCAAUCGAUCAUCUUCUUGCAUCAAGUUCUCAGGAUAAAACUGUUCGCUUGUGGAAUGUAGAGAUUGGUUGUCCAUUAAAAGUUUAUGUUGAACAUUCCGAUGCUGUUCUUUCGUUAAUUUUUUCAUCAUCAGAUGCAAACUAUAUCAUAUCUGGCUCACGUGAUCAAUCAUUACAUAUCUGGCAUAUUGAACAUCAUACACAGCCCGCUGAUCAACCCUUACCUUGCAACAUGAUUGAAGACGACGAACUUGAGACAAAUAGUAAUAAUGACCACAAGAAAAGACAUAAUAAAUCAAGACCAAAUCGUGCGGAACGUGAAAAGAAACGAGCAGCAAAGACAACAACAAGUGAGAUAAAUGGUGAUCAAAAUGGUCGUCCUAUUUCAUCUACAAAUGAUAUCAUGAAUGAAUUAAAUUCGUUAGCGUACCGUUUGUUGUGGCCGUCUGAAGUAGAUCGUCAAUCAAUUUCAGAUUUAUCAUCAUUACCAGAGAAGGCAUGUUUAAUUGAACGAAUAAAACAGCAAAAAAUGAGCAAAGUUAUUUAUCAUAUGUUGUAUUGGUCAGGUGAAUAUACACAACUUUCCAACGGAUUAUGUCAAGCAGAUCCGGUAUCGUCUCUUGACCUUUUCUUUUGGAUGGCAAUUCUGAAUAGUACCCAUGAGACUCAGUCAUUAUAUGACCGAACAUUCGAAUGGAUGGCAGAAAACAAAGAGAAACAUAUGUUGGAGCAUAUAACUAUGAUGAUCAAAGCGCAACAAAGUCAAAGCUUAUUCGAAUAUCUAAUUAAUAAUGAUCAUAUCGAGACUUCACUUCUCUUGGCCAUAUUGUUGGAAUCUAUUGAUCAAAUUCGGGAUCGCAUAUCUAAUUCGGCAACUGCUGAAGAAAGCUAA